AUGAAGUUCACAUCCGUUAUUACAGCCCUUCUGUGCGCCGAGGCCGCUCUCGGCGCGCGACUGACUGAAAAGCGUCGCCAGAGUCGGGAGGCUCGCCAGCUCGCUCGCCGGGCUUCCGCGUCUGGAGCUCUCCGUUCCUCUCAGCCCAAGAUCCCCUCUGACAGUGUCCUUGAGGGUAUCACCAACCAGACCAAUGUCGAGUACUCUUCGAACUGGGCGGGCGCCGUUUUGAUCGGCACCGGUUACACCGAGGUGACCGGAACUGUCACUGUCCCCACGCUCACCGGGAGCUCAGCCAGUAGUACCGAGUCUGCCGGCUCCGCUUGGGUCGGUAUUGAUGGCGAUACAUGUGAUACGGCUAUUCUGCAAACCGGCAUUGACUGGUAUGUUGAUGGCACCAGCGUAUCCUACGAUGCCUGGUAUGAGUGGUACCCCGAUUACGCCUACACCUUUUCUGGAAUCUCUAUCUCUGCCGGUGACUCUAUCAAAAUGACAGUGACGGCCACUUCCAAGACUGGCGGCUCCGCAGUCAUCGAGAAUUUGACCACAGGCACCACCGUGACAGAGGAUUUCAGCAAUGUCUCGGAUGGCUCCCUCUGCGAAUACAAUGCCGAAUGGAUCGUCGAAGACUUCGAGGAAUGCUCCUCUUCCAACGACUGUUCGCUGGUGCCAUUCGCGGAUUUUGGCACGGUAACUUUCACCUCUGCCUCGGCAGUCAAGAGCGGCACUACUGUUGGGGUCACGGGAGCGACCAUUAUUGAUAUUGAGCAGAACAACAAGGUUUUGACCUCCUGCUCUGAUACUUCAUCUACUGACCCAAUGGCUGAACACUACUGCAGGUCCGGGCCGGGUCAAGGGCCGUCCAAAGAAAACCACUUUCUUUGCCAGCAUGGCCCCCAGGUUUCGGAUUGGGCCAGAAAAGGAGCAGUCAGCUUGACAGAGGCCAGUUCCGAGCCGUCUAGAACAAUGGAUGUGGCCCAGGCUAUUCGCCCCCAAUCCCGCUCGACCACCGGUGUUCACGGAUGCAAGGUUAACGUCAACCGCAUGGCUUAUUGGCCGUACUGGCCAUCCUGCUCCGGGAUGUGCGUCAAGCUCACCUUCGGCUCUCGAUCCCGUACUGUGCUUCACACGGACGUGUCGGGAGGGGCGCACGACAUCUCUUUCGACACAUUCCAGUAUCUGGUAUAUGGCUCAUCCGCAACCGCAUCACCUGCGAUCCUCAACCCCGCCCAGGAUGGCGGGGCCGAUAUGGACUACGAAGUUGUCGAUAUGUCACAGUGCCUGGACAUCAUUACCUCAGACACGGGAAAGCUGUCUUUCAUUGCUACCAACCCCAAUCAAGUCAACAAGUGCCUGGGUGAGGGUAACAAUUGGGUGGCUGAGAACUACGAAGUGCGCAACAUCGGUGACUCCCAAUGUCAGUAUGGGGUUGACGAGGUCUGCUCUUUCGACCAGGUCACAGGCACGGCGCAGUGUCCCUCGGGAACCCUCACUUUCCGUAUCACGGGACAUCGAUCGCCCGUAAUCUGCAACCCAACAUCGGAGGACCAGGCCUGUGAUGCUGCAGACGUACACAUGUCAAAGAUGCUGGCUCAUGGAUAUUAG